AUUUGACCCCCCCCCCCCCAAUCGCCAGCUAUGAGUUGGAGACCCUUGCCCUGCAUUUGAUCAGAUCCGCCGGGUCGGUUGGUGCAAUCCUAGCAUGUGUGAUUCACUCGCAGCUGUGAGAUAUAUCUCAUAGUGAGCCCCCCCUUGCGUCCUUCCCAUUAAUUCUGUUUUGUGAAUUUAUUUGAUUUCUUUCCACUUUGAGCUUUUUCUUUUGAUUCUCCCACGGCUUUUGAGGACUGGGCCAUGCUCGAGCUCGAAAAGUUGUUCGUGACGCUACAGCGCCAUGGCCACUAAUAAAGAUAUUGACCUUCAUGAAGAGAACGGGUCUGUUUUGGUCGCAACAGCGAUCACUCUGUUGACACUAAGCUGGUUCUCUGUCGGGCUGCGCACCUAUACAAGGGCUGUCUUGAUGAAAAGUUUGCAGCUCGAUGACUGGCUUAUGCUCGUUGCUCAGAUCAUCUUCACGAUAUCAUGUGCCUUCAUCCUUGAAGGUGUUCAGCAGGGAAUCGGAAAGCACAAUGACGCCAUCAAACCCGAUGAGGCUAAAGUUCAAGCCCUUAUGUGGCAGGCUUUGGCAACAGCGACCUAUAUUUUGGACAUGAUGUUCAUAAAACUCAGCAUUGGUGUCUUCUUGCUCCGUUUAUGUGUCAAACGGGUCUACGUCUGGAUUAUCUGGAUCAGUCUAGCUAUUAUCAGCGUCUGGAGUAUAGUUCUCUUUUUCUGGAACUUAUUCCAGUGCAAACCAGUCGAAAUGCAGUGGGACUUCAGGAUCAAAGACGGUACUUGUGUGAGUGCAGACCAGAUCGUCUCAGCGGCCUAUGCCAUAAGUGUUAUGACAGUCGUUUCUGACUGGCUCUACGCCCUUCUACCAAUCCCAAUGCUGUGGUCGGUCAAGAUGACCAAGCAAGCAAAGGCAACUGUUAUUGCAAUUUUGGGGCUAGGUAUAUUUGCCAGUGUCGCGACCCUUGUACGCCUACGAUUCCUUGCGGAUCUUACUGAUACGGAAGAUAUUCUAUUUGCUGGAACCGAUGCCAUGGUUUGGACACUGAUAGAACCGGGUGUCGCUAUUGUUGCAUCAAGUCUAGCUACCAUCCGACCACUUCUUCGUGCUAUGAGGAUCAGAGGCUUCGAAUCGACCGAAAACACUUAUGGCACAGGCCACUCUGCCGCUGUCAGAUCAAACGCAAACCGUUCCAAGCCCGGAAUUCUGAUUAUGCCAGGCUUUGGCCCUGACGAUGUCUCACUGACCAACAUGGUAUCACAAAACAACACGAACUCCCUGUCACACCCAAACGAUAUCGAAAUCUUACCUCCUCGACACGUGGCCGACGGCCCUAUCUCACCUGGUCAAGCGAGCAUCGUUAAGAGCGAGAUCCUGGUGAUACAAGGCAAUAGCUCGCCCCCAUCGUCCUGGCAAAGUCGGAAUGAUCGCUCCGCUUCUAGCUCUUUCGACCAAAUCCACGACCUCGAGGCAUACAGCCAAGAACUCGAACGCGAUAAUAUCAGGGGCAGAGGCAGAUGAAUGGAAUUAUGAUAUGAUACCCAACGGAGAUGGAAGAGCCAGAUAGAUAGCUAUUCCUCUCUUUUUCUGUCGCGACAACGACAUCUUACAGGGGACUAUUUUGUACUUGUAUUCAUUCGGGAAAGGGAGCAACAGGCGUUAGGAAUAGGCUUGGGCUGGAACAUACAGGGAAGCAAAAUCAUCAAGGUUUGCCACAAUGGGUUUGGCCUCUAAAAGGAGAGGCAGCAGGUGGUUAGUAAAAGGCUACGAGUCAAUAGGGGCCUGAUAGAUGGCGCAUUGAAUAAGGUUCACAGGUUUUGUUAGCCUCUAAUGUGUUUAUGAUAAUCAAGCAUUUUUACAA